CGGGGUCGGGUGAAUUGGAUUGCAGACCUCAUUUCUCUACAACCCACGUUGCUAGCCAACAUGUGAUUAGUAUUUUGCUUAGCAGAGGCCUGAGGCCUUGUAGGCAUGGAGGAGGUUGUCGUUCUCAAGAUUCAACUACAAGACAAGUCUAGAAACUCUGCUUUACAAGACAAGUCUACAAGACAAGACAAGUCAAGGCAAACAGCUAAAGAAGAGAUACAAAGGGAGUAUUCAAAUUCUGCUUUAUAGGCCCAUUCCAAAAAUAUCCACUUGGUAUUUGGUAAAGUCCACCACCAACGCUAGCAUCUGAUAUGGAUUCACCGCCAAUCUUCCAAAACACCAUCCUCACCACUCCACCUCUACUUCAACAAGAUACAAUUACUAGCCAUCUAAACAAGAGCAAGAAAUUCAAUUGGGUUGGUUGGUUUGAGUAUGAAAAAAGAAGCAGAGGGGACAUAUGGGUCAUAUGGGUUUCAAGUGGAAUUUGGAUAGAGUUUGUGUCUGAGAAUGGAAAAGGAUAAUCCCAACCCAAUACAACCCAUAAAAAGGGAAUUCCGGAAAAUCCCAACAAGAAUGGAAAGGGAUCAAGAAUCAUACGAUAGUAAAUUCGUAUUGGAGAAAGCAAGUGCGUACGCAUAUAUCCCAACGCUUUGUACUAUCCACAAUACUUUCCUGUUUACCCUAGUCGUGUUAAAUGUAAGUAAUUGUCCUCUUUUUUCUUUGGGAUACGGGGAAUGUGUUUGCUACUUUUUCUAUCCGCCCUUAGUGAAAAACGGACACUUUCUCAGCAAUUCCCUGAAAUGGGUUUAUUUUUAUGUCAAUUCCAUUCGCAAUUAUUAUUGGGGUUCACGAUUCAUAAUAUGAUGGCAUUGGAUUUUUAUUUGUUAUUUUUUAGGAUGGGGGUUGGUGGGUUGAUUGAGCGUGAAGAGGAUUUUAAUUAGGAGUUGUACUUUCCUUUGAUUUUUUAUAUUUUUUUCAGUUUCGUAAAUCAAUUAAUAAAUAAGGGUCUCGUCUCUUCCUUCUCUAGGGUUUCGAAAAUUUUAAUUAGGAAUUGUUCUUGUCUGCUACACGGUCGAAAAUUUUCCAGAUUUUUCUUCAUAGGGUGGCGCUAUUGAGGGAAUUGGGUUGGUGGGUUGUGGGCUGUUUCUUCAAUUGGUUGGUGGGACUUGUGAAUUUGGUUAGUUUUCAUUCAUACAUAGGAGAUAAUUUAUUUGAGGGUAUGCAGCAAUUUUAGGGUUCUGAUUGAUUAGUUAAGAGUGGUGGUUCGGUUUGAAUGAUGUUCCAUGUUCAAGCUGCUUCAAGAAAUCACUGUGCUCUCCUCGCAGUUGUGUGCGGCAAAAUCCCUGUUUCUGAGGAUCAACAACAGCAUCCAUAUCCCUUCCCGGAACUUGUUUCUUCCGGCCGCCUUGAGGUUCAGAUUCUGAAAAAUCCUAGUAUCCAUGAGUUUCAACGGUCACUUGAAUCGUUGGAGCCAAAUUUCCUUUACUUGCAAGGGGAGCAGCUUCCGGGUAGUGAAGAAAUAGGAUCUCUGACAUGGGGAGGGGUGGACUUGUCCUCUGCAGAGGCGUUAGUUGAACUCUUUGGUCCCACAUUGCCCACAACUGUUUAUCUAGAGACCCCAAAUGGUGAAAAAUUAGCAAAGGCACUUCAUUCUAAGGGUGUUUCUUAUGUAAUAUAUUGGAAAAAUGCAUUUUCUUGCUAUGCAGCUUGUCAUUUUCGUCAAGCACUGUUCUCUGUGGUGCAAAGUUCAUGCAGCCAUACGUGGGAUGCAUUCCAGCUUGCCCAUGCAUCCUUUAGGCUCUAUUGUGUGCAAAACAACACCGUACCUUCCAACAACCAGAAAGUUAGUGGUAAGCUUGGACCCUGCCUUCUUGGAGACCCUCCCAAGAUUAAUGUUGUUCCUCCUGAGGUUGACGAGGAGGAAAGCUUGCCUGCAACUCUUCCUGUUAUAAAGAUAUAUGAUGCUGAUGUGAGCAUGAGGUUUCUUGUUUGUGGAGCACCAAGCGCAUUGGAUGCAUGUUUACUGGGAUCUUUGGAGGAUGGCCUCAAUGCCCUCCUGUGCAUUGAAAUUCGCGGGAGUAAACUUCAUAAUCGUGUGAGUGCUCCACCACCACCUCUUCAAGCAGGGACAUUUUCUCGUGGCGUAGUGACCAUGCGAUGCGACUUAUCAACCUGUAGUUCUGCCCAUAUAUCACUUUUAGUGUCUGGUAGUGCCCAGACUUGUUUAAAUGAUCAGCUGUUGGAGAGUUAUAUCAAGAAUGAGCUUAUUGAGAAGAGUCAGUUAGUCCAUGCAGUACCCAGCUGUGAGGAAAGCAAAUUGUCUUCAUCUGAGCCUCGGAGGUCUGCAUCAAUAGCUUGUGGGGCUAGUGUAUUUGAAGUUCGUAUAAAGGUUCCAACAUGGGCUUCACAGGUUUUGAGGCAGCUAGCACCAGAUGUAUCUUAUCGCAGCUUAGUCACCCUGGGAAUAGCUAGCAUUCAAGGUUUAUCUGUUGCUUCCUUUGAAAAAGAUGAUGCUGACCGCCUCCUCUUCUUUUGUACAAGGCAUGCCAAACAACUCAAUCAAAACAAUUCUAUUCUUCCUAGGCCUCCUAGCUGGUUAAUAGCUCCUCCAGCUAGUCGGAAAAGGUCUGGGCCAUGCCAUGAAACCAAACCAUCUGGAUAUAAAGUCUUGGGAGGUGUAAAUGGAGGUGUUCUUCAACAGAAACCAAAGAUUGCUGCAAUGAGGCCAAUUCCCCACACUCGCAAUCAUAAAAUGCUGCCUUUUUCUGGAAUUUCUGAGGCCAGCAGGUGUGAUGGAGACCAAGCAAAGGGUAACUUGUCAGUUGUUCCAGCAAAGCACAAUGGCACCACACCUGUCACACAUCGCAAAUUGUUGUCAAGCUCUUUCCAGGCCCAGCAGAUUAUUUCUUUGAACCCUCUACCUCUAAAGAAGCAUGGUUGUGGCAGAUCACCAAUUCAGAUUUGCUCAGAAGAGGAAUUUCUCAGGGAUGUAAUGCAAUUUUUGAUUCUCCGAGGGCAUACCCGCCUUGUCCCUCAAGGGGGGCUGGCUGAAUUCCCUGAUGCUAUACUUAAUGCAAAACGCCUUGACCUUUACAACUUGUAUAGAGAGGUGGUUUCAAGGGGAGGCUUCCAUGUAGGGAAUGGCAUCAACUGGAAAGGACAAGUUUUCUCAAAGAUGCGAAAUCACACAUUGACUAAUAGAAUGACAGGUGUUGGGAAUACUCUAAAAAGACAUUAUGAAACCUAUCUUUUAGAAUAUGAAUUAGCCCAUGAUGAUGUAGAUGGGGAAUGCUGCUUGUUGUGUCACAGUAGUGCAGCAGGUGACUGGGUGAAUUGUGGAAUAUGUGGUGAAUGGGCUCAUUUUGGGUGUGAUCGGCGCCAGGGUCUUGGUGCCUUCAAGGACUAUGCAAAAACAGAUGGGCUGGAAUACAUUUGUCCCCACUGCAGCAUAACAAAUUUCCAGAAGAAGUCCCAGAAAACUGCAAACGGAUAUUAGCAAGUCUUGACCGUCCUACGAGCUAGUUUUUGCUUCUUUUUUUAUGCAUAAAAGAGAGGCAGGGUUAGGAUUGCAUUAUUGUACUGGACUACCAUUGUUGUUCUUUUAUCAUAGCUCUUAACAAAAGGGGGAAAACAGCCCCCAAUUUACCCCCAAUCUAUGUAUUAAAGAGGAAAUGAUGAGUAAAAUUAAUUGUAGAAGUCUUUUUAGCAUUUUCACUCAA